AUGGAUGGCUCGUUGAAUGCGAUGCUCAUUAGGAAGAAAGCUUUGAUGAGUGAGAACGCGUUGUCCCACAAGAACUAUUUCGCCACUAAUGAGGCUAGUUUAGCGAGAUUAGUAGAUCGAUCUAGUGCCGUGUCGUGUGCGUGUGUGAAGACCGUGUGCAUGUGCGUUCCAGAAAUCCUGCUCUGCAUCCACCGCCACGCUCGUCAAAGACGGCCCGAUCUACCGGGGACCAGCUACCGCUUCGAUCCGGCCGCAACGCCCACGCCGCCGAAGGCCAGCGCUCGCCAAACCGCGCUCGGCAGCGGAACUGUACGGCCACGCCGUAACAGGACAGCAGCAACCGUCACCGCAGCGUCCUUGAAUUAACCGCCAUCGCGCACAGCAUCCGCCAUCGCGAUCGCCAACCGCCAUCAACCUAACCUGGAAGGUUAGAAACCACGUGAGUGAGUGAAGGUUAACCCUUGGGAGAGAAGUCCGGCCUCGAAGGCGGACACGCGAACCGGCAGCAAACAACAACCA